AUGGACAAAUGUUCAGUGAGAGGAGUGGAUUUGGCUGGAGAGACUCCUGCCUUGUUGGGGAGGGCGGCGAUGGCAGCUAGUUCCAAGGACACAGGAGAUCUGUGUGGCGAUCCAGCUAACCCCUUAGUGCAUGGAUCUGGAAAUGCGUCAGAGGAAGAUGAUGAUGACGAUGUCGUCUUCAUUGAAUCUAUACACCCUCCCUCCAUUUCUCCAACAGUAGGUGAUCAAAGAAGCUUUACGUUUGUGUCAUCAAAAAAGGAAAGGCCACGAGGAGAUGAUUCUGUAAUUCUUCCUUCAAGAGAUUUGGCUUCUCAGAAGGGAAACGUAAGUGAGACAAUUGUUAUUGAUGAUGAAGAGGACAUAGAAACAAACGGAAGGGAGGAGAGAACUUCUUCCCAUUUGACUGAGUGGGGACUUCCUGGCACUAAACACAGAACCAAAGAUGUGGAUUUCUCUACUUCCAGCCUUUCAAGAAGUAAGACCAAGACUGCAGUAGGACCUUUUAACCCUGGUAGGAUGAGUGUGGCAGGAGACGCAUUUCAGAACGGAGAGUCUGCAACUCAUCAUAGUCCUGAUUCUUGGAUCUCCCAGUCAGCUUCAUUUCCCCGUAAUCAGAAACAACCCGGGGUGGAGUCUUUGUCACCAGUGGCCUUCCUUCCUAAACAGAUUUUUCAACCUUCUGCUCAGCAGCAACCUGCUAAACCAGCUAAAAUCACAUGUGCAAACUGCAGAAGUCCUUUACAGAAGGGGCAGACAGCUUAUCAACGGAAAGGAUCUGCCCACCUCUUCUGUUCUACCACCUGCCUCUCUUCCUUCUCCCACAAACGCACUCGAAAGACACGAAGUGUGAUGUGUAAGAAAGACACAUCUACUAAGAAGCCUACUACUGUUCCUCCAGUGGAAUCAAGCAAAUCCUUCCAAGAAUUUCGUAGUACAUCUUGUCUGCCCCCCUGUGAAGACAACCAGAAUCUUAGAAAAGGAGUUUCUACCAAGUCAAGAUGUGCGGUCUGUUGUAAAUUAGCCGAGGUCUGA